CCCAGGUCUGGACUUCAGUUACAGAGGAGAAACAGACAAGCAGCAUGCCUGGUUGCAGUGCUGGCUGGCCGCCUCGCCACGUGCUCAUGGCCUCUCUCAGGCUGGCACUAAGCAGUGUCAUGCGUCUGGGCUGGGUAGGAGAUUAAUUCUUGAGGGCAUUUCAGGGCUAAGAAGACAAGCAAAUGACAGGUUCAAGAGAGAAGGGCAGCUGCAUCCUUGACAGCUCCGCCUCCGGGGAGACCAUAGCAGGGACAGUAAGAAGCCCAGAUUGAGAAAAACAGUCCAAGAGAGGACCUGUGUAGAUCUGGCCUCUACCAAGCCCUGGCUUCAGCCCUGCCAGCUUCAGCUGCUCUGGCUCCGCCUCCGUGUCCCUCCCCCACCCAUCCUGCAUACACUUAACACUCCUGGCGCCUGAGUCCACCCAUUCCAGCUAGUGUGGGAGCUGUGGAAGACCAGGAGCAAAGCACAAGAAGCAGCUUCACGAGUCAUAAUAUCUGCCUGCUUUCCCCAGAGGAGGUAUAAUUUGCCAAUAAUCCACCAAGCAAGUAAUUUCUACAUCUGCUCAAACCAGAUACUUCAGCUGAAAGGAUGUAAGGGGCAUGGUCUUAAGGACCAGAGUAAACAACAAGCUUUUCUGCCCAGCCUAGGCUGCCACCUGCAGGUUAUCUGGAUCCAGCAAUGUGGCUUCCUCUGCUCCUGGGUACCUUGCUCUGGGCAGCACUGUGGUUGCUCAGAGACCGGCAGAAACUGCCUGCCAGCGAUCCCUUCAUCUUUAUCACUGGCUGUGACUCAGGCUUUGGACGCCUUCUGGCACUGCGAAUGGACCAGAAGGGCUUCCGAGUCCUGGCCAGCUGCCUGACCCCAUCUGGGGCAAAGGAACUGCAGCAGAUGGCUUCUUCCCGCCUCCACACCACCCUGCUGGACGUCACUGAUCACCAGAGUGUCCAGCAGGCAGCCAAAUGGGUAGAGACACACGUUCAGGGAGCAGGGCUUUUUGGUCUGGUGAAUAACGCUGGUGUGGCAGGCAUCAUCGGGCCCACACCCUGGCUAACAUGGGAAGACUUCCAUCAGGUGCUGAAUGUGAAUACAUUGGGUCCCAUCAGGGUCACCCUUGCCCUGCUGCCCCUGCUACAGCAGGCCCAGGGCAGAGUAGUCAACAUCACCAGUGUCCUGGGUCGCAUCGCAGCCAAUGGUGGGGGCUACUGUGUCUCCAAGUUUGGCCUGGAAGCCUUCUCUGACAGUCUAAGGCGGGACGUGGCUCCUUUUGGGGUACGAGUCUCCAUCGUGGAGCCUGGCUUCUUCCAAACCCCUGUGACCAGCUUGGAGAGUCUGGAGAACACCCUGCAGGCAUGCUGGGCACGGCUACCUCCAGCCACACGGGCCCGCUAUGGGGAUGCCUUCUUCUCCACCUACCUCAGAGUGCAGCGGCGCAUCAUGAACAUGAUCUGCGACCCGGAUCUAACCAAAGUGAGCCAAUGCCUAGAGCACGCACUGACCGCUCGCCACCCCCGAACCCGCUACAGCCCAGGCUGGGAUGCCAAGCUACUCUGGCUGCCUGCCUCCUACCUGCCAGCUAGCCUUGUGGAUGCUGCGCUCACCUGGCUCCUUCCUAAGCCUGCCCAGUCAGUGCAUUGAGCCCAGCCUUCCAGCAAAAUUGUUUUUCCAAGGGCAAGGACUUUUUAUUUGUCCCCAACCUGGUAAUGCCUGCUAUAUGGCACAAAAUAGACAUUAAAAAUAAACGUAUUUUAAAACAAAA